AUACUUGGCUAUACACCCGUUAGGCUGAAUAUGGAACGGAUACCUAUGGUUAUCCUUCUAUGCCUAGCGGCUUUUUGUACUCUAGCGAAUGGCCAACAACAGAUGAACCCUCCACAGCAAAUUCAACAACCACUGCAACAGCAGCAACAACCGAUGCAACAACAGCAACAACCGAUGCAACAGCAGCAGCCGAUGCAACAGCAACAGCCGAUGCAACAACAAGCUCAGCCACAGCCCCAAGCCGGAGCCAAUGCGCAAGGAGGCGAGACUCUUCUUAGUUUUGAUGCCUGUAAAGAGGAUAUACACCGUCUAUGUAGCAAGGAAGGGGUGGAUCUGAAGAGUGAUUUAUCCAUUCUCGAAUGCUUGCAAGAUGCUGGACAAACUUUGGCAGCAACUUUGACAAAGCAGUGCGAAGAUCUCGUAUGGCAGUUCAAGGUCAAACUUACCCAAGACGAACGAUUUACGAUAGCUGCUAAGAACUAUUGUAAGGAGGAUAUGGCGAAAAUGCCGGCAUUCCAAAAGUGCGCUGAAUAUACAAAGCCGGGUUACGCGCUCAGCUGUAUGCUUGAAUUUGUUGGCAACGUCACCGCGACAUCACAGUGUCACCAAUUCUUGUCUAGGACCGAACGUCUGGCAUUCGCCGACUUCCGCCUGGUUGGCCCAUUCGUGGAGAAGUGCGGAUAUACUGUAAGCCAGUUAGGAUGCGGCAGUUUGACUCCACACAGUGCACAUCAAGGAGUAAAAGUUCCGCAUACCCAAGGAAUGGCGCUUGAAUGCUUGAUCAGUCAAGUAGUGAAGCACUCUAAAGAAAACGCUGAUCCUCUAAGCCUGCUCGACCCAGGUUGUAGGCAUGAGGUCAUGCGACUUGUUGAAAUGCAAACCGACGAUUUCCAUCUCGACAGACCCUUAUUCUUUGCUUGCAGGGAAGCUAGAGAGACCUACUGCAAAGAUGUUCCUGCUGGGCAAGGUAAAGUUUUCGAGUGUUUGCUUAGCAAGCGGUUCGAUCAGUUCAUGGAGCCUGAGUGUGGUGCGCUGCUUGCUGAGCGCGCAUACUUCAUGGGUAGAGACUACCGCAUGGCUCAUCCACUUGUGCGAGGUUGCGAGAAGGAAAUGAAAGAGUACAAAUGCGAACCUCAAAGCCAAUACGAAGCUGCCGCUCACUUCCACUUGGCUUGGAUCUUGUUGUGUUUGGAGAAUGGUGCUCAUCAGGCGAAGGGAACCAACCCACCAUCAGCUCAAUGUCAGCACGAGAUGGUAUCACAUCGUCAGAUGAUGCUAACUGAAUUCCGUAUGGCACCCGAGCUGGUAAUGAAUUGUGCGCAAGAAAUCGACAAAUGGUGUAGUCCACGUGGAGAUAUCGAAGCUGAAGGAAGAACACUGCAUUGUUUGAUGGAACAUGCAUCGUCUACCGACAAGACACUAAAACUUGGUCCGCAAUGCAUGCAAGCUGUCAAAGAAGUGGUCAAGGUUGCUGACAUUGGAACUAACUACAAGGUUGAUAAGGUCCUAUAUGCAUCUUGCAGAACUCUCAUUGAUGGAGUGUGCGCAAGAGAUGCUAGCUCAGAAGAAGCUACGCUGACGUGCUUAAUGCGUCAUGUAGACAGUUCUGAUAUGAAUCCUGUAUGUGAAAAGAGACUCCUUGAAGUGCAGUACUUCCUGGCCAGAGACUGGUCGUUGGAUCCACAACUUUAUGCGGCUUGCCACGAUGAGGCCGUCAGAAGAUGUCAUGCAAGAGAGAACUGGCACAUGGCCCAAGAAGCUAUGGGUCCAGAUCCAGGACCUGCAGUGCUUGCUUGUUUGUACAGAAGUGCAUAUGAUGAGCAAGAACCGCUGUCCAGAAAAUGUGGAGUGGAAGUGAGGCGAGUGUUACACUCUCGAGCUGUUCGUGUCAACCUCAUACCAGAAAUAGAAGAUUCCUGUCGUGACGCUCUUUCCGAAUAUUGCUCUCACAAUGUUCAGCCAAUGGAGGAGAUGAACUGCUUGCAAGAUCAUUUCGAGAAGCCCGAAUUUAUUCGAAAGCACAAUCUCUGCCAUAAGGAAUUGGUACGGUUCACAGAGAUGGAAGCCAAAGACACGAAAUUGAACAGAGCAUUGACCAAAGCAUGCCGACCAGUGAUUGCAACUUAUUGCCAGGAAUUUGCCAAUGAAGAAAUUGAUCAUGGUGAUGUCAUGGAAUGCCUUGCAAUGCAUAAAGAUAAGCCAGAAAUGACAUCAAAGUGUAAAUCAUACGUCAAUCACUUCGAACUGGUGUCAUUGCGAGACUACCACUUCUCAUAUAGAUUCCAGAAAGCGUGCACUCCCGAUAUUGAAAGGCAUUGUCCUAAUCAUGGAAAUGACAAAGGAGAGAUCAUCCGUUGCUUAUCCGAAGUACGUUUUGAGCAUAAAGUACUGGGAACAAAAGCAGAUCUAUCAGAGCCAUGCAAAAAACAACUGAAAGUCGCCUAUCUACAGCAAGAACAGGUAGAAUUCGAUGACAAGGAGCACUUAGCCGAUGCUGAUCCGAAAUUCGCAGAGAAAUGUGGCAGAGAAAUUCGUCAGUUCAACUGCGACAAAGCUGAAUCGUUUGAAGAGCAGGUGGAAUGCUUGAGGAUCAACUUCGAUAGUCUAGGCCCUGAAUGCAAGUCUAUGAUAUUCUACCGCGAGAAGAUUGAAGCUGCUGAUAACAGUAUGGAUGAUGAACUUCAGAAGAAAUGCAAAUAUGACAUUGACAAAUUCUGCCCGAACCAAGGAGAAAAUGUGCUCACUUGUCUUACGAAUAUGAAGGUUGUUCGUUUGUUGCAGAAAGAUUGCCGAACUGUUGUGCAGGAACGUAUGCGCGAAGCAGCGAGAGACAUUCGACUACGUCCUGGAUUACUCAGCGCGUGCAAAGUCGAAGCGGAAACACAUUGCGCAGACGAGAUCCGAAAGAUGAAUAUGCCGCAGUACGCUCAGAAAGUCUUGGAAGGAGCAGUUGUUGGUUGUUUGAGGGAGAAAUAUCGACAAUCUGCCCACAACCGCAUAGAUUUGAGUGCACCAUGUAUGGAAGAAAUAACCAAAGCCAUUGUGGAUGCAGAGCUCGACCCACAACUCGAUCCACCAUUGUACCAUGCAUGCCAAGAUACAAUCAAAUUGCAUUGCUCUUCGCAAAUCAUAGAGAAGAGCGGUGGUUUUGAUACUGUGUUGGAAUGCCUCAAAGCAGAUUUCUACAAGGGAGCUAUCGCAGAUAGAGACUGUAGCAAGGAGCUGGCCCGUCGCGUCGAAGAAACCAUGGUUGACAUUCAUCUUGAUCCAUCACUACACGAAGCCUGCUCCGUCGACAUACAACGGUUGUGCCAAGACGUUGUACCUGGUCAUAGCCGAGUCAUAAUCUGUCUGAUGGACGCUGCAGAACGAACAAAUGUACAGAUGACACCUGACUGUCGAAAUAAACUCAUGGAUAGAAACAAACUCUGGGUGAAAGCUCAUGCGGACUACCAAAUGCCGUAUCCAGAAAGCUGGCACGAAGUCUACGAUAUGAUUGCAAAUCACCCACGCAAGACUUCAUUACUGUUCUGGUUGGCUGGAAUUGUCGGUGUCAUAUUGAUAAUCGGUUGCCUUUGCGGUCGAGCAUCAAAGAACGCCUACAGGGAAUUAAAAAAUCGAUAAGCUAUUUUGUGAUUUUCCCAAACGUUUAUUCUCCUUGUUAUGUUUCGAUUUGUUUUAUCGCACACUGCAUUUUAUUUCUGAUGGCGCUUAUGUGCAGAUAGUAUGAAUGUAAUCUGUAAAUGUUGGUGGGCGCAUUUUGUGGAUAGGCGCAUUUCAUGGAGAAGAUUAAGAAAGAUAAAACCUGAGAGUAUUUCGGUGUACGGCUGCUCUUUCAUACGUGUAAGUGCCAGUCCUUUUGCGUAACAUGCAUAAUGCGUAGUUUAUGAUUUGCAAUAUGACAAAAAUGAGCACAGAAAACGUUGAAGAGUUUUUAUGUCAAAUUCACCUAUUGUAAUCCUCUACAAAUCCAGUCAUUUUUCAUGGUUUUGUCCUUGCAUAUCUGGCGUUGCUGUAUAAUUUGCGAUUUCGAAUUUUGAUAUCAUUUCUUUUAUAUGUUUUUGUGCCUGUCAGUAUCGUCAUUGCCUGUUAUGGUUAGUCCCAAGGUUGUGUGUAAUUGAACAGGCAGUACUCACUGAUCAGGCAAUCCUGUUCUCAACGUUUUUAUUCCAGAUUCUGGGUUACUUGUUUAUAAACGAAUUAUGGUCACUCCUCUAUUUUUUUGCUUGUUGAUACGGAAAACAUGGUAUUGUCUCUCGUUUUCUUCUGCUUAAAAUCUAUCCAUGAUGCUAUGAGUUUUUUGAUAGGGGUGUUAUAGACUACAAUCAUGGUUGUUAUCGCGUUCUGUGAUCGAGUUGAGGGCUAAAUAAAUAUUUAUUCGUAUC